AUGUCUGUGCUGUCCAGCAAGUGUUCAGCCUUAUCGCAAGAAACCCACAGUUCUGGAGCAACUACUGGGUCAAAGAUGCCAUCUCCACAUACAGAGUCAACAUCUGGAAGUGUCUCUUCCAAACCUGGAAUGGAAACCCAGCUUGUGCUGUCAGAAAGCCCAGAAGAAGAAGAAAACCCAAUGAAAAAUCCAUUUACAAUUCCUCCAGUUAUCGAUAUUUUCGCAAUAAUGGACAAGGAAAGACAACAGGCUAAGGCGGAACGUGAAAGGAUGAAGACCAUGAAAAUCCAUGAGAAAAUUACUUACUCCACUAAAAUAAAAUCAAACCAAAAAGGGAUCAGGAAAGCUCUGCAAAAGGAGGAAGAAGAGGAGAGCAGAAAACAGGCAACAAAUGGAGAGAGCCUGAAAACCCUUCAGAAAAGACUUUCAUGCAAGACAGCCAUUAAAAAAGAUUACACCUUCGAAAAGGAGACCUGCCGUGACUACAUAAACGAUAGAAGAGAGAUAUUUUUACUUGAGUAUGCCAUGGCAGUAAAGCGAGAUGAGAUUCAAAGGAUGGAGAACAUAAUAAAGGAGGAGGAAAGAAGACUGAAAAAGGCAGAAUACUACCUGGAGAAGGAUGCUACCAUGUUUGAUGAGUUCCUGAAGGAGAACCAUAGAAACUCUGUUCAAGCCCUGAAAAUUGCCGAGAAAGAAACCGCAGCAAAGAUAAAGAAAACAAGAGAGAUUCAGGCAAUCACUUCCCAAAUAAAGAAUCUCCAAAGUGAUAUAUCCAGAUUCAAGAUUAUUCUGAAGGAGUACAAGAUGUACAGGGACUUCCUCUAUCAACUCUCUCCGAAAGAGUGGCAGGAGGAACAUGGAAAAAAGUGCACAAAGGAAGAGGAGUUGAAAACAGCAUCCAAAGCUAAUGAAGAAAGUGCCUCACCUCCCACCACGGCAGAGCAGGGUGAUUACAUGGAUGUGCCAAGUUUCCUGCUGUCUUCAAAAAGUUUGGAUUUCAGGUCAUUAUGCGAGAUCAAGCCACAGCUCAAAAACUUCCUGAAGCCUCUAUCAACAAGAAAACUUUUACUGGAGGAUGCAAAAAGCGAAACCUGCUCGGACGAAGAUGAGGAGCCUGAGCUGUAUUUUACUGAUCCCCAACAACUGCUAUCUGUUUUCACGGAGAUGGAGGACGAGAACUUAUCCUUCAUCCAGAAGUCCCAGGAGAUCGAGGAAAGUUUGGGCGAGGUCCAACACGCUUUCAUCACCACACAUGAAAGCACGGAGAAGAGGUUAGCGGAGCUCAAACAGCAGGUCGUCACCCUCAAAUCCUCUGUCGACAAGGAAGAGGAGAGAGUCGCAGAUCUGAAGCUCAAAGUUCAGCUCUUUUCCUCCGGAGGACACAAAGCUGAUGAACAGGACAAAAUGCUCGCAAGCCUGAACAAGAAGGUGCUGGAAGUCUAUUACCACUGCACUGGGGAUAAUAAGACAAACCUGCAGACCAUGCAGAUGCUGAUGGUGAUGGAGAAACAGCUCAAUAAUUUACUGGACGCCCUGCAGAGAAUCCCACCAGCAGAGAGAGAACAGGCUGAGAAAGCCAAAAAACAGGAACAGAGGAUAAGGCUCAGAGAGGAAAAGCUGAGACAACAGAGGAAACUGCAGGAGGCGAAACUGCAACGGGCCCUGGAAAAAUCGCAGGCAACUGUAAACCAGAACCGUGGCAGGAGGCCCAUGUUUCGUUCCAAACCACCUGCCAGGAAGGAGAAGAGGCACAGCCAAGAACAAAUGAAGAAGGAGAAGGAAGAACAACUCUAUUAUUUCACUUGA